AUGAAAUUAGUCAAAUUUUUGAUGAAACUCAGCCAUGAAACUGUGACAUUAGAACUUAAAAAUGGCACCAGUGUUCAUGGAACUAUUACAGGUGUUGAUGUAGCAAUGAACACUCACCUUAAAGCUGUUAAAAUGACUGUAAGAAAUCAACAACCUAUACAUUAUGAAACACUCAGUAUUCGAGGUAACAACAUUCGGUACUAUAUUUUACCUGACUCUCUUACACUUGAAACCCUGUUAGUUGAUGAUGCACCCAAAUCACGAAUGAACCGUGGUGGACGAGGAGGUCGUGGAGGGCCAGGAAGAGGUGGUCGUGGGCGUGGAGGUCCUAGAGGACGAGGAGGUCGUGGAGGACCACGUGGAAGUGGUGGCGGACGUGGGCGAGGUGGUGGACCACCCCGACGUUAA